AUGUUCGAUACCGCGUCGCCGCCGCCGAUCUGCAGGAAAGGUGGAACAAAAAAACAGGUAUCUCAGAAACGGAUGCUCUGCGGAAGACGAAAGGGGGGAGCAGUAGCAGUAGAAGCAGCCGCCGCCUCCGCCGCCUUCGUGCCAUUUUCAGACGAUGUCCGAAGGCUCGCAGCAGCAGCGGGCGUCACGGAACGCAGCACGCGCCGAGAGGACGACAACGUCCUGCGGGGAGUGCAGACGGAGGAAGCAGAAGGCACUGUGACCAAGGUCAGCCAUGUAGCAACUGCCUCCGUCGUUUUCCUCAACCAAUAUGCGAGUACCGCGUGGGCAAAGGCAGAGCUCCUCAACAGCGAUACAGAAUGUCUUCCACCGUCAGUCUCGUGGCUUCCAUUAGCCAACCCCGAUCGUAGUAUACUAGAUGUCGAUAUCUUCCAAGCAUCGCAGCAAGUCUUGUCACAUCGACUAGCAGUCCCAAAGUUGAUUUUCGACAACUUUGAAACAGCCCAUAACGACGACGACACUCCGCAGCAUGGACAGAGUCCUGGAUCUUGGUCACAUCCAGCAGAGUCUAGGGUACAAUUCCCGGAGCGACCAGCCAGCGGUAUAGACGAGCAAAUAGCACUUUUACCUGUGGACCAGAGCCCCUUGAACAAGAAAUUACUUAGACUGUACAUCGCAGUUCUCUCCCGUUUCAAAGCCUCUAUCAACGGCGACCCGAGCCCCAACAAUCCUUUUAUACGUCAUUACUCCCCCUUCUGCCUUCAAGAUCCCCUAGUGAUGCGGAUCAUUCUCUAUACCUCAGCCUGCUUCCUCCACGAGACUGGGGAUGUACGGACAGAUGUCCUGCGGACUUACAAAGGCCAAGCCAUCGCUAUGCUCAACGAAAACCUGACCACGGACAGCAGUAAGAGCAUGGUGCCAAACACCACCGCGCUGACCGCAACAGACGCAAACAGUUUAACCACACCGGUAAUUCAAAAGCCCGGAGAUGCGGCCAUCGCCGGCGUCAUUCAGCUCACCGUGGCUGAAUGGUACUGGGGCGAAUCGGAACAGGACCUAAGGUACCACCUCAUGGGCUUGCGAGAUAUGAUCAGAGUGCGCGGCGGCUUCAAUCAGCUCGGCAUGGACGGCCUCUUGGCGAAAAAUGCUAUCGUUCACGAUGUCUCCAUAUCCCUCGCCCACGAAAACAGCCCACUGCUACUGACUCUGUCGCCUUCGGACGACGACCGUAAAGGCGGAGGAAGCGGAUGCAAAGGGUCGACGGGUCCAGCGACAUCAGGAGGAGCGGCAAAUUCAGCACGUCGGGUCUUGGCGAAACCGUACGCCUUCGUCGACCCUAUAAAGGACGUCCCCCUCCGCAUGGCGAAUCUAUCGCCCAUGGUGACACAUCUACCGUGCAGCGGAUCACUCCCGUCUUUCUCCGAUUGCGCCACGAGUCUGCGCAUCCACCCGGCGACGGCCUCGAUACUCGACAAUGUAAAGUACCUUCUAAGCGUCGUCGACGCGAUAUAUGAUGAAUCGACGACAUCAGCAACGACAAACCCAGCCUCGCUGAAGGCCCAAGCGAUGGGGAAGUACAUGUAUGAACAUAUCAGCAGUCUUCACUCAACCAUACCUGGACAUCGCCAAAGUCUGUCCUCAGAUCCCCCGACUCGAACGAAUUCGCCACCAACAAGCAAUUAUUCCGCCGCGUUCGAUAGAGAAUCCAUACGGAGUGAGAGUGUGCCCAGCACAGGUACGGCCGCCGGACCUGGCUCCGUUGGGCCGGGCCGAUCACCUUCGGGCCCGAAUUCCGACUCCACGACAUCCGAAUGGUCGUCAACCAAGUCACAUACCCGAGACGCUAGCGAUUCUCCGACGAGUCCUCGAUCCGCAUACCACCACCAGCAGAGUCCGGACUUCAUGUACCAGGUUAUCCGAAUGACAGCGUUACUCUACACGCGGGCCGUCAUGACCCGGACGCCGCUGAGCGGGACAUGCACGGAAUCAGAAUUUCUGCAGAUCUGGACGACGACAUGGCGUGUACCCCUGUCGAUAUGGAACGACACGGUGGGCAUAUUUCACUGGAUAAUGCUGGCUAUCGCGCCGGCAUGCCACCGGACGCCGCAUGCGCGCUUUGUGAAAAAUAUGUUGACGAUUAGCACCCUCACGCUCGGAGUGGAAAACUGGGCAAUGGCUAUGGGUGCCGCGUCGACCGGCAUGCGGCUGCAGCAUUGGCUCGAGGGCCAAGACAUGGGAGAGCAGGAGGAGAGGGAGGAGAGGGAGGAGGAGAGGAGGAGAGGGAUGGAGCGGCAUCCAGCAAGAGGAGGACGGCGCUCCGGGCGCGAAGAGCGGUGA